UGCCUGCUGUACCUGAUCACGCCUCUUCGGGGCGCCCUCUGUGCAUCGGAAGCACGAGCUCGUGUUCCUUGUGCUAGAUGAGUUGCCCUCGUACUUCCCCCCCUCCUUUCUCGGUUUGCCCCGCCCGCCUUCUCGAAAGCUGGGAUAGGAGGAGUGUCGUUAACUUUCCAGGAGCCGUGGCGAGUCGUAGCCAGAGAAACUUCUUGUUUGGGGGACUGCUCGCAAGCGGAGCCAAGUGCGGGCACCAAGGUGCUGUGAUCCUGCUGAGAGAUCAUGUCUCAUCCCAGUGCUCCCCCAGGCUAUGAUGACCGGAAUCCCCUCUAUCCCCCACCAUCUUCAGGCUAUCCCGUGGGGUAUCCUGGGGCCUAUCCACAGCCUCCACCAUAUGGUGGUGGGUACCCACAGCCUGGAGGUUACCCACAACCAGGAGGGUAUCCUCCUCCUAUGCCUACUGUCCCAAUGAACUUUGGAGACAGCUACAUCAGUGAUGGUACGGGAACCGAUGGGAAUUUCAAUGAAGCAAGCUGGGAUGAUAAGAAAGUUCGACAUGCUUUUAUCCGCAAGGUUUACAGUAUUAUCUCCUUGCAGCUGCUGGUGACUGUGGCCAUCAUUGCAGUCUUCACCUUUGUUGUACCUGUGAGGAGCUUUGUACAGCGUAAUGCUGGUGUGUACUAUGCAUCUUAUGCUGUAUUCCUGGUCACUUACCUGGUGCUGGUCUGUUGUGAGGGUCCACGGAGACGUUUUCCAUGGAACAUCAUCCUUCUGUCUGUCUUCACAUUGGCCAUGGGAUUCAUGACUGGUGCCAUUGCUAGCACAUACAACACAAAGGCUGUUUUACUUGCCAUGAUAAUCACAGCUAUUGUGGCCAUAAUAGUCACCAUCUUCUGCUUCCAGACAAAGGUGGAUUUCACAUCCUGUACUGGCUUGUUCUGUGUGUUGGGCAUUGUUGUCAUGGUGACCGGGAUUAUCACAGCCAUUGUCUUGUCCUUCAAAUAUGUUUACUGGCUUCACAUGCUGUAUGCAGCCCUUGGUGCAAUUGCCUUCACCCUGUUUCUUGCAUAUGAUACCCAGUUGGUGCUGGGCAACAGAAAACAUACAAUCAGCCCUGAGGAAUAUGUCUAUGGAGCCCUCAAAAUCUACACAGACAUAGUCUACAUCUUCACUUUCCUCUUGCAGAUUGUGGGCAGCAGAGACUAGGAGGCUGAGGUCCAGCCUUUGUUCUGGGACUUAGUGCAACUUGCCUCAGAGGUCCAGGGGAAUAUGUCACUUUUUGAAAUUAAUGUUCUGCUGCUUUGCCCUCACCUGAACCAAAUGUAUAGAAGUUAUCAGGUGAUUCCCGUACUGGGGAGAGCUACAGCUAUAAGUGGGAGGCCAGAUGUUGUAUACAAUGCAGAUAUUGACUGAAAUUUGUAAGAUGCCCUUAUCUCCAUUUUUAAUGGGAGAAUUCCAUGUUGUAUCUAAUGACCUGGAUACGUGAAUGUGAUGUGUGUUACCAGCUUGGUGUUAUAUAUCUUAGUCCUUUCAGCUUACUUUUGUCCGCAUACCUAUCCAAGAUGUAGAUGGCUCUAACAAUUAGAAAAGCAAAGCUCCAAGGCUCCAUCAUAUAAUUGCAAAUAAAAGUUAUAUUUUUGAAUAA